AAAAAGAAAAGAAAAAAGAAAGAAAGGAUAUCAAUGUCACUUGAAGAAAAGUCUACUGAAAUAAACAACAGUUUGAGCAAAGUUACAAAAGAACCUGAACAAAAUAGAACAAGGUCGCCUAGUCUUGAACCAGAGGAAGAAGAAGAAUUAGAUGAAUUUGGGCGAGUAAAGCGCCGUAGACAAAAGUUCAAGAACGAACGUUCUGAAGACGAAGCAGACGAACGAUAUGACAGCGAUCGCGGGAGAAGAGAAGACGACUACUACUCACAUAGACGACACCGUCAACGCUCUUCUUCUCGUUCUCGUUCUCGUUCUCGUUCUCGUUCACCUAGACGCUCCUACCGCCGCCGAUACUCUGACUCUGAAAGUGAUUAUGAGCAUUAUAGAAGCAGUAGUCGACACAGACAUCACCGAAGCAGCAGAUAUAGUCGCCAUCAUCAUAGCAAUAGUCGAGGAGGAGAUGUAUAUUCAGAAGCAGCUCAAUACAUUGAUACAGAAUUUUAUCCAACUAAAGUAUACGUGGGUGAUUUAGAAAAUGUAACAGAGAAACAACUUGAAUACGCGUUUUCUCGCUUUGGCGCACUUGAAGACGUAAGGCUUGUUGAAGGAAAAGAUUAUGGUUUUGUCACAUUUGAAAAGAAGGAUGCAGCUUUAGCAGCUAUUCGAAGCUUACAUGGUACUUUGCUGGGAUCUAAACGUAUCAAAGUGAAUCGUGCAAAAAUACCCGAGAGAAACAAAGUUGGAUUUGGCAAUGUGCCAUGGCAAGACGAAGACGGUUUGUUAGCAAAGGAAGCAUUAUAUGAAAACAAUCAUUCUAGACGCCCCUCCUUGCCAGAUUAUAGUACAUCUACAAGCCUUCCUCUGGAUCCUCGAGCUGCCUCAAUACCAAACCGAGUUUUGACAUCUUAUGAUGAUCUUUAGUUUUUCAUUAAAUAAAUGCAGUUUUUAUUGGCUUUCUUA